UUUGACAUAUUGUGACAAUACUUCAUCUUGAUGUGAAUUAGUGUUAUUGUGUAAUGUGUUGUAUUUUGUAACUUAUUUUAAUUCCUUUUGAUUCCAUAAAUUGUUUAAAAUGUAUAACCAAUCACAAACAUACUGUAAAACUUAGAUUGUCGGAACAUGUUGGCAAUAAACUAUAGUGAAACAAGAUCGUGGAUACAACAUCUAAGCCACUAAAGAAAAAAGAAGAUUAUAAAAAUGAGUACCAAAACUAAUAAGUGGGAAGCUCUGGCUACUGUUAAAUCUUUUGAUCUAGGCAUAGCCCGAAGCGGUCAACACGAAUCUGUCUUGCAACAAAGCAUCAAUCAAAUCGAGGUCAUCAACUCAACAGCCACAACACCCAUCAGUCUUCUGGUUCAAUCUCUGGUGAAGCAGCUAUGUUCCCUCCUGGAGAAAGAUGUCUCCAGAGCCAACACUCUUUACAACACAAUCUGUGAGAAGUUACAUAGCAUGAAUCUUAUCGACGAUUCCUAUUCGAUGGGAGAAUUUGAGGUCAUGAGGAGCCAGUAUCAAAGAGCUUUGUAUCAGCUGGUGACAGUUGCCAGCGGCUCCGAAAUACCCAUAACCCUGCCAGUGACAUGGCCGAUAAAUAGGUCUGGCUUGGAAUGGUCCCGUUACCACAAAGAGUUCGAGGAACUCUUCUUUAUAGCUGGAGGUGGUUUCGGUAGCGUGUUCAAAGCUCGACACAGAUUGGACGGAGUGGAAUACGCCGUUAAGAAGGUUUAUAUUAAAUCUUCCGAUGUCAACUCUAUUAUGACCCAUCUAGCUGAAGUUAAAACUAUAGCUAGUUUGAAUCAUCCUAAUAUAGUAAACUAUAAAGCUGCGUGGCUGGAACCGAUGAUAGAGUCCACCGUCAAAAAGAAGCGCAAUUGUAAAAUGGAGACCGAUGACGACAGUUUCUCUUCAGGCUCCAGCCAGUUUUCUUCGGUUUAUCCGAAUGUGAUGAAAUCAUUCAAAACCUAUAAUUCCAAAGACCUCACUAAAGAUCGGAGCCAGUCUGACUUCGUGAUAUCGUUUAAAAAUUCAAACAGUUUUGAAAAUUCCGCGACUUCCGAUGAAAUAGAAACCGACAGCGAGGAUGAGCCGAAUUUUUCUGAAAACAACGCAAUCUGCAAACUGUUAUCUAGCAAGGAAUACGAGAACUGUUCUAGAGUCAACUUGAAAUGGGCCACGCUCUAUAUACAGAUGACUUAUUGUCAGCAGACGUUGAAGCAGUGGCUGGACGAUAGAAACAAUCACAUGACCCUGGCUCGCAAAAACUCGGACGACCUGACCCUUCACCACAGCGAUUCCAGCGAUUCGGCUAACUUCGAAACAGACAACAACUAUCCUCUAACUUCGACCCGUUAUGAUGUUCUCGUGGACAUGUUUACGCAACUGGUGAAAGGUCUGCAUUAUAUACACUCGAGGGGGGUGAUCCACCACGACGUGAAGCCCAGCAAUGUUUUUGUGGCUCCGAGUGAAAGUGGACCCUUGGUACAAUUGGGUGACUUCGGGCUGGCCUGCCCGUUGCAGCAGUCUCACAGUGGACUAGCGCUCGGCACGCAUCUUUAUGCAGCCCCAGAACAAUUGGAAGGACAAUGCAAUCCUAAGAGUGACAUGUAUUCUCUAGGGAUUAUACUCCUGGAGAUGGUGGAGCCAUUCAGCACUGACAUGGAGCGCGUGAAGACUAUAAAUGACCUUCGGAAAGGUCAAAUCCCAGCUCACCUCACUGCCAACUAUCCUAAAAUAACUCAUAUUAUCGGGAAGCUAGUUCAGAGAAGGCCAAGCAGGCGUCUGGACACCGGCCAGCUGCUGGAAGAACUGAAACAAUUGUCUGAGAAUAAAGACGACACUAUAAGGUCUCUGAAAGAAGAAUUAGCGGCCAAGGACGAAGAAAUAGCCAAGUUGAAGAUGAUGUUGGCCAAACUGAACUACCCCAGCUAACGUAGGCAUUAGGAUAACAGUUCCAUUCAAGUUAAUCUCAUAAUGACACUCAGUUUGGUUGAAUUGAUUCUGUAGAACUUGUGCCUUAGACGUCGCAAAUAUGUUGUACUUGUGUUAUUUGAGGGUUGUUGUAAUGACGGAACAUAUUAAUAAACACUAAGAGCCAGAAGCCUUUCGUCCUCUCUAAUGAUUCUGCCAGCAAAAAUUCUGUAUAAUCUUCAACACAAUAUUUUCUUUAAUUCUGAAUUCUACUCGAACUCAUUCCUCUUUAACAAACCAGGGCUCGGCUUCCUCGUGAUCCUAGUAUUAUUCUUAAAUUUGUGUCCGUGUGUUUGUGUGUGUUUAUUAAAUAUAGGUGAUUGAUUUUAA